GAAUAGAAUGAAGAAAACUCAGAAUUGAAUAAACACUCAGAUUGAUCAGAUUUUCUUAUUAAUAACAAUUGUUCGUUUUCUUGAUAAGUUUUGCUUUUCGUAUUUUAAUUGUUGUUCAUUUUGUUGAAUUAAUCAGACCAAAAUGAAGAGUCUCAUCAUCUUUACAGUUCUUACAUUGACUUCGUUACUCUUACUUGCCGACGCUGACCCAGUUUCUCGUGUUCGUAGACAACUAUUUCCUUUGUUUGCCGCUUCGACAAGUUCAUCUUCGAGCAGUACUACUGGUACAAACAGCGCUGGUGCUGGUGCUGGUUCUAGUGCUGGUUCUGGUUCAUUUGGUAUGCCCUGGUUUGGAUCACUUCCUUCACCUUCUAACUUUCAACUACCGAAAAACAUUUUUCCCAAUCCCGAUGAAGUGAGACAACGAGCUCAAGAUUAUAUCUCAGGUGUAGGCAAACAAAUCCAAAAUCAAGCUCUCCAGAGCAUCGACAGAUUGAAAUCAGUGGUUAAUUGCACACUAACUGAGAACAGAUCGGAAACCGUUGAUAUAAAUGGACAGGCAGUUAAUCAAACAUUCAGAAGUUGUAUUUCCAAUGGACCAGGAUCUGUGGCAACAUCAGUAUCUUCAUCUUCUGUACCAGUAAAUGAUAAAAUAUAAAUGUAUUCAAGACCUAAACUGAUAAUGUAUUGAUAUUUUCGUGGAACUGAGCACAUAAUGAAUAUGAAUAAAAUCACAAUUUUUUAAAAGCUUCA